CCCCCCCCCCCCCCCCCCCCCACAACCACAACCACAGAGGCAUAGAGCGAGCGAUACAGAGAGACAGAGAGAGAGAGUUCUCACUGCACUCAUCACGCAUCCGCAGUGUCACCUUAGUGCCGGGGCUUUAGAGUAGAGAGAGCCACGCUGAUAAGUUGGGGGCAAUGUCGCGUUUAUACGACGACCCUAGUCGAACCAACUACCCGCCGCCACAGCAGCAGCAACAGCAGCAGCAGCAAUACCAACAGCAGCAAAGCGGCCAGCAUGCGUACGAGCAGCACCAGCAAAUACAGCAGCCCGAGGGAAGUCCUCGACCACAACGGCAGCGGUCGGACCGCCAGAGAGAGGAGCAGCCGCAGCAAUUUCAGCGGCCGUUCAAUGUAGAUGACUAUCCGGAGGCGAGAGGGAGGGGGGUGAAUGACGGGAUGGGUUAUGGCGGUGGUGGGUAUGCGCCGGGGCCUAUACCGAUGGAGCAAUAUCAGCAGCAGCAGCAGCAUCCUCAUCAUCAAGGAGGGCAAGGGCACUGGCGGUCGGUGGACGAUGCGAGACAACCUCGACGCGACGGCAGCAACCCAGGCCCAGCAGCAGCCAACCCAGCUGAGAUGGAAGAGUACCGCGAACAAGAGCGCAACCGCCGCCGCCAACGCGAGCAGCAGCAGCAGUGGCGACAGCGCCCACGCCGGCCGGAGGAGGAGGAUGUGGUGUUUUAUGAGGAUGUCGCGCAGCCGCCGCCACCGCCGGGGUUUUAUCGGCCCUAUGGGGAUGCGAGGCCGCCACCGCAGCCUGUAUGGCAGAACUCGUAUCCGCAGCCGCAACAUCAUCAGCACUAUCAGCAGCAGCAGCAGCAGCAGCAGCAACAGCAACAGGGAGGAUGGGCCAAGGGUCCUGUCCCGAUGUUAAUGGCAGGAGCGAGGCCCGGGUACCCACCAGAAUAUGGACCGAACGCGAUGAUGCGGUCCAUGUCCUCACCGGCGUUGCGUACAGACGAUCUUCGUGGACAGGGAUGGGGGAAUCAGCACUCUGCGCCGGUCGUCGAUGCAUACCCCAUGGAACCACUACGGAACGGGCGAUCGAUCCAUGGUCGCGCGAGAGACAUGCCGGCUUCUGCACCCACAUCACCCAUACAGUCACGCCCACCUCGCGCGCAACGGCCUCAACAGCCGCAGCAGGUUCACCCGGAACCCAGCACCCCACCAUCCGAAAAGAACAUGAACCUGAGCCGCUCCAUGAGCACAGACCCGCUUCUUGAUGCCAGCAUCGAUUCCAUGGCGCAACCCAUACCCGCCGGCUCUCCCGCCGGCAUGAAGAAACCAUCAGCAUACCCGCAGAAACCGGUCCUGGGAGCGUUGACCAUCAGCGACUCAUCGCCUCGCGUGGACCCCGUGCGACGGAGCUACCAGGUCCGCGCGCUGGUCCGCAAAGCCGUCAGUUUCCAGCGGCGACAAUGGUUCACAAACGUGUGUUGCAUUGCGCUGUGUCCGUUCGCUAUGGUCUUCACAUCGGCGCUGGUGGGGAUGAUUGUGCGCUCUAUCGUGAGGAAUCAGGUCACGCCGUUUGACGUUGUGUACUGCUCGAAUCUGCCGAGUAUCAAUGAACAGGCAUGGCCCAUCUUCAACCUGGGCGCAGCGGAGGGGAUAAAGCUGACACAGGCGAAGGAGGUGCCUGGGACCACCAGGAUAACGAAACAUGCCAAUUUCUUCAACCUGCUGCAGUUGGUCACCGUGGACGCGGACGUGAGCGCGUUGACACAGUUGGGCGCGCAGGCGGUCUUCUCAACCAUCCCGUGCGUCAAUUGGUUUGGGGAGGGAUACCCACGCAGCUCCACGGACCCGUACGCGCGGCCGUCGCUGAAGAUCAAAGAUGGGAAUACAUAUGCGAAUAAGGACGCAGGGUACGUCAACGAGAUUGCUCGCGGGUGGCUGGACCUUUUCCGCCCGGACAUUCUCGUCAACGCCCCGGAAGCCAACCAGGCUAUCAGUAUGGGUCCGCAGUUCCUUCAGACGCAGAUGCGGCCCUGGGCCCUUGUCGGCGUCGCGCCGGGCGUCAGUGCGCAGUUGGUCGGGACAGCGCCUAUGCAGCCUGCGUUGAAGAAUUUGACGGAUAUACCGGCUUCCAUAGCGGGAGCCCCACCGGCGUCCAUGUUCAACCCGGGCACGACAGCGAACGGAAUGCUCGACACGAUCGAGCCGCGAUGGUUUGUCGAUUUCGACGUAGACACUCGCUCCAUCGGCGGAUUACAACAGGUCCCCUACUUCGAAAGCAUCAAUACAGCGGGGCCUACCACCACUGCAUCCCUCUCAUCCCAACUCAACGCUCAAAUCCGCGCCCGUCUCGAACGCGUCACAUCCAACCUCACCACAAUCGACGAAUCCGCCAUCCUCACCUCCAACCGCAACUCCCUCGACGUUGCAAAAUUCCUCCUCAAACUCAACCGCAUCCUCGCCGACAUGCCCUACGCCUCCAUCCUCUUCACCACCAUCGACCACACACUCAAAAAAUACGCAUAUACGCUCGGGAUCGGUUCCGAUAAUCGCUUAGCUGCUACCGCGGUCUUCCCCACCCCCGGCCGCCGCCAACUUUUGCAGCUUUCCCAGUUGUCGAACGCGAUAUUGAGGACGAGUAACCCGAACCUGGGGGACGCGGUGAUCACGCAGGGCACGCGGCAGUUUCCGACGGUGUCGAGUGGGGGCAUUGAUUUGAGUAUCAGUAAGAGUAUUGGACGGGUGUUGUUUCCGUUUGGGUUGUCGUUCUUGGUGCCGAUUUUUACGCUGGUGCUUGUGAGGGAGAAGGAGAAUAGGGUUUUGAUUAUGAUGCGGAUGAACGGCCUCCGCCCCCAGCUCUACCUAAUCUCCCAAUACCUCACCUUCUUCGUGCUAUACAUCAUCUCGGCCGGCAUCUUCCUUGCCUCGGGCGCCGCGACGGGUCUGGAGAUGUUUACAAAGACGAAUGCGCUGGUGCUGGUUGUGCUGUUGUUGUUGUGGGGCGCUGUGCAGGUUGCCCUGGCGCUGUUUUUUGCGAGUUUUUUCAAUCGGAGUCAGAAUGCGCUCUUGAUCACAUUCUUCAUUAUCCUCUGCGGCGUCAUCACCUCCAUCGCCGCCAACCAGAUCUCGACAGAGGUCUUGUCCAUCUUUUUCAUAUGGCCCCCGUUUGCGUUCUAUCGCUCGCUCGAUGUGUUGAAUGACGCCGCUUCUACGCCGGGGAAGAGGCCGUACACGUUCAGGCAGCUCAAACCUGGUGAUGAGGUGUUCACCGCCAUGGUCUUCAUGGCCGCCGAGACGGUGUUCCUCGUGCUGAUAACGCAGUACCUGACCGCCGUACUACCGUCGGAGUUUGGCGUGCCCAAAAAGUGGCACUAUCCCAUCAGCAGCCUCUUUGGAAAAAAGCGACAAUCUCCGUCAAUUCCUUCCUCCUUCGCUACCAUACAGCGUACACAGCCGAAAACGGGAGAAGUCAAGGACAAGGAACAAGAGCGGGAAGACGACGACGUGCGCGCCGAACGAGUCCGCGUCGAAACCAACGCAUAUUCACCGGACUGCCCGCUCGUCAUCCGCGGCCUGCACAAGGCCUACAAACCACGACACGGCCUAGGUGCCAAAAUCGCAUUGCACGACAUCCACAUGGCGUUGGAACCCUCAGAGGUGUUUGGCCUGCUCGGUCCCAACGGUGCGGGGAAAACCACGCUGAUCUCCAUCCUCACUGGGCUGUACACCCCGACCCGCGGGACCGCGUACGUCGGCGGCUACGACAUCACCACGGAUAUCGACCAUGUUUAUCGUCUCAUCGGGGUCUGUCCGCAGUUCGACCUGCUGUGGCCCGAACUCAGCGUCCUGGACCACCUCCUCUUCUACGCGCGUCUGAAAGGCGUGUCACCCUCCGAAGAGUCGCGCGUUACCCGCAGCGUGCUGGAACAGGUCAAACUCCAACAAUACGAAUCCCGGCUCGUGAACGGACUCAGCGGCGGUGAAAAACGGCGAUUGUCCAUCGCUAUCGCACUCAUCGGCAGCCCCCGCGUCGUCUUCCUUGAUGAACCCACCACGGGUCUCGACCCCGAAGUCCGCCGUGUGGUAUGGGACGUCAUCGACGCCGCCCGGCGCGCGCCGCAACAGCCUACCAUCGUGCUCACCACGCACUCCAUGGAGGAAGCCGAAACAUGUUGCCAACGGCUGGGUAUCAUGUCCCGCGGCACGCUCACCUGUAUCGGGCCCCAGCUGCGGUUGAAGAAGCUGUACGGGUCCGGGUAUAAGUUGUUUGUCACGUGCGACGCCAAACGCGCGCUGGACGGCGCGAUCGCGACGAUCGAGCAGCGGAUCCUUGCUCGCGCGCCGUGGUUUCAACGGCUGGUGGAUGUGGGUGUUGUGGGCGUUGGGGGCGCGAGCGCGGCGUGGGUGUUUGUGCCGGCGCCGGGGAUGGUGUCGAGGGUGAUGGCGGCUGUUACGCGGCUGCAGGGGGUGGUGGAUUGGGGGUUGAGUCAGCGGGGGUUGGAUGAUGUGUUUUUGAAUGUUGUGGGUGGGGAUGAGGAGGUUUAGGGGGAAGCAACUGGACUGGCAACUGAAGCCGUUGUUACUCGUUACCAUGUGAAAUUCUUUUUUUGGGGACCUUUCCUUCGGCUUGACGUACGCUCCUACGUUAUCCCACCUGUACAUAGAAUAUGAUAUCACAGCACACCAGAAUCUAAAGGCAAUGUUCGAUAGGGGUACAGCUGAGGUGCUGGUGCUCUCCUUUCGUAUGGAUCUAUGUUUGCAGAAUCAAAGCUCUACAAGUUAAAGGAGCAAUCUGCAAGCCAAGGACCUCUCUCUGAAGGUGUUGUUCAUUCAAUUUCAAGAAGAAUGCGCG